CAUUCUUCCAUCAUUGGGUUGUUUGCUAUAUGUAUUGUACAGUCAAUUGGUAAAGACAGUUCGCUUCUCCUCCUGAACCACGAACCCCGAGAUUCAGACUCAUGAAUCCGAAGCAUUUAUGGACAGAAUAAUGUAUUAAUCUACUGCUUCGGGUUCAAGAGUCUGCGUGGUUCAGGGCUACAGGUGAACGGUCUUUAGUAGUCGACUGUAAAACUUAAUGUGGAACGCGAAAACAAUUUUUUUUUCUUUUUUUACUACGAGGAAGCCAAGGUGUGUAGCAGCUUUGGCAGGGGAUAGGGAGCUAAAUCUGAGGCAGACGAACCAACGUGCUUGCCGUGUCAGCCUGAGACUCGUCGCACCUCAGGCAAGUGGAGGGACAUUGAGACGACUCCCAACGAGACAAACUUCUCUUCUCUAGGUAGUAGAGAACAGUUCCCCCACCACUCCCUCACUACACACAGCCUUACAGUAUUUACCUAUACAGUACGCUUGGCUCUUCCACCAGACUAUAGAUCAAUUCCAUUCUUCUGGCAACUAAGGAACCAUGAGGCUUCUACUCAAAACAUUACCAGACAUCAUUGCAAAACAUCGAUCACCGAGGUGUGGAAGACUCGCCCGGGGCGUAUCAACAUCAUCUAAGUGUUACAACGAUAUAAACAGGAGUUGUCCGGACACGGCAGAUACGUUGAUCAUUGGAGGAGGCAUAGCAGGAACCAGCAUAGCCUACCAUCUAGCGAGACAGGGUCAACAAAGCGUUAUACUCCUGGAGAAGUCAGAGCUCACUGCUGGGUCAACAUGGCACGCUGCAGGACUCACCACUACCUUCCAGGGUGUUGUCAACUUGAAGAAGGUCCACUAUUACAGUCUCCACAUGUAUGCUCACAUCGUACAGGAAACGGACCAAGAAAUAGGUCUUCAUAUGCCCGGUUCUUUACGCCUGGCUACAACGCCCACCCGUGUUGAUGAAAUGAAGUACCAGAUGUCCCGUCACGGCCACCACGACGCUCCACAUUGUCUCCUCACACCGGAACAGGUUAAGGAGUUGGUCCCCAUCGCUAAUGUGGAUAAUAUUCUAAUGGGUCUCUACAGCCCUAGAGAUGGCCACGUGGAUCCCUAUUCCCUCACACAGGCUAUUGCUAAGGGCGCUCGCAAAUACGGGGCCCAGAUCUUGCAAGGCACAGGAGUAACUGGUCUUAACCUACGAGAAGAUGGUAAAUGGGUCGUGACAACACCAAAGGGAGAGAUUCUUGCUGACACAGUGGUUAAUGCUGCAGGAUUUUGGGCCAAAGAAAUAGCAAAACUCGCCGGGUCAGAUCUGCCUCUUAUUCCCAACCAUCAUCAAUAUCUCGUUACAUCAACUGUGCCUGAAGUGAAGGCCCUCAAGAGAGAGUUCCCUGUGCUGAGACACUUAGAGGGAUCCUUUUACCUAAGAAUGGAAAGGGACGGGCUGCUUAUUGGACCUUAUGAGUCUCCGCAAACUAUGAGACAGAGUGAAGACUGGAUGAGGAAUGGCGUUACACCAGGUUUUGGGAAGGAACUUUUUGAACCUGACUUAGAACGUCUUGAGCCUCACCUUGAAGUAGCGAUGGAGUUGGUGCCGUGUUUCGCUGAGGCCAACAUACAGAGUGUUGUCAACGGACCCAUCACUUAUACACCCGAUGUGUUGCCUCUCGUAGGACCUGAUUGGUUGCCUAAUAUGUGGGUUGCUGCUGGCUUUGGGUAUGGUAUUGCACACGGGGGCGGCAUAGGUAAGUAUCUCGCUGAUUGGAUCAUAAACGGACAGCCACCAUUUGAGAUGACGGAAUGCGAUCCUCUGAGGUUUGGCUCCUGGACGACGGAUGAUUAUGUCGCAGUAAAGGCCAGGGAGGGUUACGGUAUGAACAACGCCGUCACCUAUCCACACGAGGAGAGAUUUGCUGGUCGGCCCACAAGCAGAGUCUCGGGCGCUCAUAGCAUCCUGGAGAGUCGAGGUGCUUGUAUGCAGAUCCACAGCGGGUGGGAACAGCCAGCUUGGUUCACAACACCGGGAGACAAACCUGAGUAUUGUCCCAGCUUUAGGAAAACAAAUUGGCACGAGGCAGUGGAUAAGGAAGUGAAUUUGGUGAUGACCUCUGCUGGGAUCAUUGACCUCACGCCAUUUGCUAAACUCAUCGUCCAGGGUCCCCAAGCGGCUGAAUUCUUGGAUUAUGUGACAGCAAAUAGUGUGCCUCGUGUAGGACGGACAGUGAUCACGCACCUGCUCUCUCCCUCUGGUCAUGUGUACGCUGAGUUGACAGUGAGCAGGACCUCCCCACAAGCCUUCCUCAUCAUCACCGGGUCAGGUGUAGAGCUUCAUGACCUCAGGUGGCUGGAGGAUUACGCUCGACGAGGAAAUUGGAAUGUAAGUUUUGCCAACGCCACAGAAGACCUUGGCUGCCUGAGUGUUGCUGGUCCCAAGUCUAGAGACAUUCUUUCCACUCUGUCUCCACAGUUCAAGGACAAGUUCCCUUUCUUCUCUUGCAAGGAAGUAACACUGGCUGGCGUCAAGACCACAGCUCUGAGACUCUCAUACACAGGAGAACUUGGCUGGGAACUUUAUCAUCCACGAUCAGAAACUGGUCACCUCUAUGAAGCUCUUCUGGACCACGGCCGAGAGUUUGGUGUGGGAGACUUUGGCACCUUGGCACUGAAUGUCUUACGUCUUGAAAAAGGCUUCAAGAUGUGGGGGGCAGAGAUGAACAUGGACACCACUAUAAUGGAUGCUGGACUCAUGAGUUUUGUCAAUAUGAAGAAGGGUGAGUUUGUAGGACGCACAGCACUUGAACACCUUCAGAAGAGCCGACCUCAGCGUCAUCUUGUACAGGUGAAGAUCAACUCACCUGAAGUUGAUCCCAAUGGUGACGAGACGGUCUGGCUGGCAGGGAAGGUCGUCGGCAACACUACCAGCGGAUGUUUCUCUUCCCAUCUUGGUCAACCUUUGGCUUACGUUUACCUCCCUCCGCUGUUGGCCGUUCCUGGGACACAAGUGCAGGUGGAGCUUCUUGGUGACCUCCAUGACGCAACUGUGCUUUCUGAGCCUCCCGUCCUGACACACACGGCCCGCGCCAAGGUGAAGCAGUAACACCGAGGAUAAGGACUCAGGCGUUUGCAAGACUCCAGUAUCUUUUACAACAUUUUUUACCCUGUUAGGUCUAUGUAAUGUUGUGAUGUUUUUUACCAGUGAAUAAAUACUUAAGAGUUAAUCAUAA